AUGUCUCCAGUUCAUAGUCCCAUUCUUAAUUUAACACAAAUGCAGCUUUCUUUUGCUGGGUGUGGAUUUCUUUGUAUUUACCAUGCGGGGGUUUGUGCUGCUAUUAAAGAAUACGCCCCACAACUAACUCUUAAUCGGAUAAAAGGAGCUUCCGCAGGUGCAAUUGCAGCUGCUGGGUUGGUUUGUAAUGUGUGUAUGUCACACGCAACCAGUACAAUUUUGCAAAUUGUUACUGAGGCGCGUGCUGGUUCUUUACUUGCACUUUCUCCCAAUUUUGAUGUUCUUGCACUUGUUCGACAAGGACUUGAACAAACAUUACCAGAAAAUGCCCGUAAUUUCUCUUUAAACUUUUUCAAAUUCCUUAAAAAUCCCCUACCAGAUAUUCUCUGUACUGGUCGACUUUUUAUUUCCGCUACACGGGCACGGGAUUACAAAAAUGCGCUUAUUUCUGAAUUUGUCUCUCGUGAGGAGUUGAUAGAAGCACUUUUGUGUUCUUGUUUCAUCCCUUUUUAUUGUGGAAGAACUCCGCCAACAUACCGAGGAGAGCAGUAUAUUGAUGGGGCUUUUUCGGAUAAUCAGCCAGGAAAGUGGGAGCCUGGCACUAUUACGGUGAGCCCAUUCAGUGGUGAAUCCGACAUUUGCCCGACUGAUGAGGAUAGUGCAAGGCAAGUUUAG